AUGAGCAAGUCCCAUCACCAACAGCUACCAACGUAUCAAGCAAGGAAUCGCGGAGUCGUCAUCAAGGACCCGUUCGCAGAUAACCUCGAUGUGUCUGAUGCCUACAAUCCCUGUCGUGAUGACCCAAUCGUCUUCAUCGACCCAGCGUCUGCAGAUGACUUCCAUGUCGGCCUUGGUUUGUGCGGCACGACUCGUACCCCACGCGUCAGCAAGCAUCCUCGCGAUUGCUUCUGGUACCUAGAAGAUAUUGCUCCUAUCUUCCCCAGCUUUUACACGGAGUCCGAGGUGGAAAUCGACCUUGGCCAGACGACCGACAAUGAUGACCUUUGA